AUGCUGAAACACAUAUCGUCCGGGCAGCCGGGAGGCUCCGGAGGCUCCAGGAACCAGAACCACGAGUACCCCACGAUUAGCCACUUUGGCUCCAGCUCGACGACCUCCAGAGGGAUUUCCCUUAAAAACGACCGCUUGUGCGACCCGGGGAUCUACGACUCCCUGCACUCGGUCCAUCCUUCGACAUCUCUUUCUCUUUCUCUGUCUCAUCCUCAGAAGUCAGCUUCCGUUCACCGGCAUCCGCUCAACCACUCUCAGCUCAGUGUCAACAACCUGUCCGCGAGAUUCACCCACUCGCAUCAUCUAAAUGCACUGAACCUGUCCGCUCUGUCUGCCUCCAAGCAUUCUAUCGACAGUCCAAGUCCAGAUCCUCAUAAUCAUCAUCAUCAUCAUCAUCAUCAUCAACUCUUCCAUAAUAAUCAUAAUAAUAUUAAUUAUAAUCCUAAAAAUAUUAAUAAUAUUAAUAAUUCUAACAAUAAUCCUAAUAAUAUUAAUAAUAAUGCUAAUAAUACUAAUAAUAAUAAUAAUAAUAAUAAUAAUAAAAAUAAUAAUAAUACUAAUAAUGGUCAAAUCCAAACGCAAACGCAGGUGCCAAAUGGCGGGCUUGAUAUUUCACGACUAUCAAGAUUGGCGAGUCGCGCUACGCCGUCCCCUUUGCAGCCAGCACCUGUUGCGACUAUUAACGCACCUGUUUCUCUGCCAAGCUUGGCCACUACUGGCCCGUUACAUACCCAAGACACUUCCUGGUCGUCUUUUUGUCUCAAGGGACCUAGUCAUCAAUUAAACGGCCAAGGCAACGCUAGAAAUAAUAAUAAUCAAGAACCUGGAGUCAAAGAAAUGCUCACCUUCUUGGGGCUGCUCUGUUUGGUGUCUCUCCUCCUGGCGAUGCUCUCGCAUAUUUUUCUACUGAAGAUUUCACCAGUUUCUACGGCACCCUCAAGUGUUAUCAGUCCGGAGGAGUAUACUAUUGUCUAUGAAGUCACUCUGGCGCUUUGUGCGCUGGCUAUGUCGCUUAAUUUGUGCUGUCUCCUGGUUUGCGCUAUUCAGUUCUUGUUUGCUAUGAAGCUUGUCAAGUCGGCGUAUAAUCAGAACAGGAGAGAGAUAAGAGAUAACAAGACAAGUGUGUGUAAUUUGGUAUUCCAGAUGGUAUUACUUAGUUAUGAUAUUGAGUAUGAGCUACUGAUAUAUACCGCUAGAAAAAUUUCUCACGAUGCUAUUGCUACACUUGGUACAUUUGCUACACUGCCCUUCGAGGACGAGCAGGUACCUGGAAAAAUCAUCAGUAAGCAGAAUGUGCGCAAUAGGAGGCUUCUUUGUCAGCAUUCCUAUUUUUCUUACUGGUAAUUCUUUUUUUUUAACUUACCUUUUCUUUUUUUAGAGUUUUUAAGAAGAAUUUAUUAGAAAAUUUGUUUUUUUUUUUUUUUUUUUUUUUUUUAGUCAGAAAGUUUGCUAUAACAGUAAAAAUAAAUAAUUAAAAAA